AUGACAGAUGAAAUAAAAGAAAUUAAUGCAGCGCAAACAGAUUUUGGUGAUGAAGAACGAAUCGUUUUUCAAGUAACUAAAGCACUGUUUGAAGACUUUUUCAACACUGCCGUCGAACCUGCAGAAGACUUUUCUUCAAUAAUUUCUGCAUUUGAAGAGCAGUGUUAUUUUGGCAUUACAACGUUAAGGAAGUUACUUUUACGCUCUUCAAAGAAUGCAUUGCUAUCUUUAAACCUCUGCCAUCUUGUCAGCGAGCAUCGAGCGUACACUUUGCUUAAAAAGCUCCGACAGCUGGAAGAUACGGCACAAAACCUUCAGGUGGAAGAUACGGACACAGUGCUUGACGAACUUAUUGCAAGUGAUGAAGAGUUCCGCCGUUUGUUGGUGUUGUUAGAAUGGUGUGAAGAAAAUGAGCGUAAUGACCCUAAAUCGAUCAAAGACUUGGACAAUGAAAUUGUAGCAUUGGGAAGCGCUCCUGAUGUAAGCUUCAUUUUACAAAAAAAAAUUUUUAGGGUUGAGACUCUGCACAGUCGGAAACAAGGGAAAAGGCUUUGCGAUUUGGCAAGUUCUUCAAAAUAUGAUCUGGAUGGCGCAAAACAUGGUAGAUUACAUGGAGACGAUGAAGAUUUGCAAAAUAAAGUUUACAGAGUUGUGUACAUGCUCCUCAAAAGCGGCAGGAUAAAUGAAGCGUGUGAAGUUUUGGAAAAGAGUGGUUUACCAGCUUUAGUGCCGUCAUUAAAGCUUCGACGACUGUCUAGAGAUUCAGCUUUAACUUCAAAAUCAAAGGAGGAUCAAUUUUUUGGUUUGGCAGAAUCACGUGCCAUUUUUAAAAAAACAGUGGACGAAAUUCUCUUUGCGGGCGACUCACUUUCUCAUUUAGAGAGUUGUAUAUGGUGUAUUGUUGCCGGAAGACUUGAGCCAGCUCUUUCACUUUCCUCUCGUACUGACGAACGAUUGUGGUGUUAUGCAAACGCAGCUGUCGAAUGCCGCAUUGAUGCACGUCUGGCUGAAGAACGCGGUUUGGAAAAAGAAUCAGGGAAUUUAUUAAGUGGUAACGAUCUCAUGGUUGACUCCAUAUUUGACGAAAUUAUCACGAAAGAACGCUCACCUUAUUAUUCGUCUUAUCGUUUCCUCCUAAUUGGUGAUUCUUCUGCGCAUGUAGAUUUCAUGAAAUCUUGGUUGGAGGAACAUCCAGAUAGUAACUAUCCACAUAUUUUGCGAUUUAUGGUCCAUGUUCUCCUGAUGUAUCUUCACGAAAAUGCGGAAUUCAACAUGGAAAGUGGUUACUGGAUAAUGGAACGUUAUAUCGAAUUGUUGAUUUCUAUGAAGCUUUACACUCUUGUGCCAUUUUAUGCUUCUCGUCUUCUGCCUGAACGGAGGGACCAUCUUUUAGUCACUUUUAUGUACUCACUGGAAGAGGAAGAAUCGAGGCUUGAAGUUCUUGCUGCAGCCCAUAAAGCUGGAUGUGACACGUCUUUACUGUGCAAAAAGAUAUUUGCCCAUGCAGUAAAAGUGAAUCCUGUUACAAACGAAAGUUCCAAAUCUGAUGACAGACUGGUAAAUAGUUGGACUUGGUUAACCUUUUCGGGCAAGGAGUUAAUUGUCGAUGCGCUGAUUGGAGCAAAUUUGCUUCUCCGGAGAUUUUUCUAUUUGAAUAAGCUAAAGGAGGCAAAGCUACUGUUAAAACAAUCAAGCGAAAAUAUUGCUGUUAUUGUUGGAAAUCUCUGGUCAGAGAAUUUUCCUAAUCAGCCGGUACCACAUUCUCUGGAAGUGCAAAUCAAGGAGUAUACUGCGUAUAUUCUUUACUUGGAAGCAAUGAAUUACUUUGAUAACUGGUUCAAACAAUUUGCUCGUGAGAAGCCGGUUAUUCCCGAGAAACCAACAGAUGAAACUUGGUCACGAAUGGAGAUACAAGAAAAGGCUUCUUUUGAGUUACAACAUAAACAGCUUAGUGAAGCUAAGUAUCGCCAUGAAGCGGCAACUAAAUUCCUUUUUGAAUCUGCUUACGCAUCAUUGCUAAAUAUAUUGCGGCAACCGGGAGGCUGGCUAAAUUGCUUUUUGGACAGUCAGAAAGAUAACAGCCAGGAAGAACGUAACAACGAAUUGCGAAGCAUCAGAGAACGAUUUAUUGGUACUGCCAUAACCUUACUACAGACAAUUUGCGAACAGUCGGAUGAAAAGUUAAAAGCGUUAGACGUUUUAGAAGCUAUUGCGAACGAGGAGUUUAAUGUCUAUGACAUUUUGUCAAAGGAACAGUUGCGUGUGUACCUCCGCAAAUUCUCAUUGUUUGCUGCUGUAAUACACAGCUGA